AUGGAUCCACAAAAUGCAGACAGAGAUAGAGAAUAUGGGAAUAGGAAGACCACUUUUUCAGCCAAACAGGUAACGGUUCUACUGGCUCUAAGUGCUACACAUCUCCUUACGGAUAUGAUGUUUUCCUGGAAUGUAGUUUUGCCAAAGCUAGAAGACAGCAAGACUAGCAAGUUCCUGGUGACUGAGGAUGAUGUGGCAUGGCUUGCGGAACAUAUCGGUCCGCGACGCCUGCUUGUCACUGCAAUGUUUCCCGUGGCCGGGUUCUGGCUCCUGAAGGCAUACGGUCCCAGCCUGUGGCUCCUGUACCUCGGAAGAGCCCUACUUGGGAUCAGUGCAACGGUUGUCUACACAGUACUGCAUCCGCUGAUUGCAGAGUUGUGUCCUGCCAGGAUUCGGGGACUGGCUUUAGUGCUUCCAGAAAUAUUCGGCUGCGUAGGAAUGCUGUUAUCUUACCUGCUGGCUUACUUCCUCUCUUGGGAAGCUGCCACUGCUGUUUCCGCUGCUCCUUUCGUGCCCUUGUCGUUCAUGCUGCUACUUGUGCCCGAGGUCUGUAUUUUAGGGGUUUCAGGUGAUGGAAACCACUUUGAAAAUUCCCCGUACUGGCUGGUGAGGAAGAAGAAAAUCGACGCAGCUGAGAAAUCUUUAAGAUUCCUUUGGGGACGAGAUGUCAAUGUGGACAGAGAACUGGAGGCAAUAAGAAGUACGACGGUUCCCGAACAGAGUGAAGUCAAGAACCAGAUAAAAGAGCUUCGGAAAAGACACAACGCCCUUCCAGUUGUAAUGACAAUCAGCUUGUUAAUUCUGAGAGAACUUGCUGGGGGAGUGCCAAUUUUCAACUACUCUGUGUACAUGAUCCGUGACGCGGGAGUGCAGCUGGAUGCCUUCUUCUGCACAGUGUUCAUCGGUGUUGCCCGUCUUGCAAGCACUUGUGUGUCUGCUUGCAUUUCGGACGUGGUGGGUCGCAGACCCCUCCUUGUGGCGUCAACACUGGUCUGUGCGGUGUCCGAGGGCGUGGCUGGAACCUUCCUCUCCCUGGAAGCGGAAGGUCCCACGUGGGUGCCGCUGGCAUCUGUGAUAGUGUUUGCAAUCGGUUACGGGCUAGGUCUUGGACCCAUUUCUUGGGUCUAUAUUGGAGAACUUCUACCUACACCCGUCAGAUCUCUGGGAGCCGCAAUGGCCACAUUUGGAAAUCUCCUUUCAAACUUUGUCCUCAGUCUUGUGUUCCUGAAAAUGGCGACGUCUCUUGGCCUUGGGUUCACUUUGCUCCUCUUUGGAGGAGCAAAUCUGACAAUUGCCCUACUAGUGUUGUUCUUGAUUCCCGAGACAGCAGGUCGGACGUUGCAAGACAUGGAAAAGGCCUUCAUGCACAACAGAACACAACAUGGUCAAGAAAAUCCUGCCUUAGAGAUGGAUAUUAUCCCGCCGGUUUCAGACAGUCAUCGUACUUUAGACCGAUGUUCUGCACGCAUGAGAACAGUGCAAUUCCCGAUCCCCUGUCAGACGAGCCGGGCGACAAGUAUCUGUGGCUUCCAGUGGCUUCUGCGAGAUGAAAUUCUGUCGCUCUUGGGCUUCAUCAAGUGUUUCAUGCUUGAAGGAUCCUCCAACGAGUGCUAA